AUGCGCUCUACUAUCGCUCUCGCCCUCUUCUCGGCCGCCGCUGUCUUUGCCGCGCCCGUCGCCAAGCGUGCCGACGGCGGAAACGCCUACACUGGUCUCGGCGGUCAGGCUAUUGGUGGCUCCAGCACCGAGAUGUCCCAGGGAGACGGCCCGUUCGGUCAGGGCAACGGCCUCGCCGACAACGCCAAGGUCAUCAAUGCCUUCUCGGGCAACGCCGGCGAUGGUGGCAAGGCCAAGAGCGGUGAUGCUCUCGGCGGCAAGGGUGCCAUCUCCUACUCUUGGAUCGAUGGCAACUGGGUCGCCAGCGGCAAGGGCGGUGACGCUUACACCGGUCUCGGCGGUGUCGCCAACGGCGGUAACAAGGGAGAGUACCACUACGACAAGCGGUGCUUCAACGGCCAGUGCGGCUCGUACGGCUACGGCCACAACGCCGAGGGUCUGACCAAGAACCUCAAGCUCGGUCAGAUUGCCACCGGAAACGCUGGUGACGGUGGUGACGCCUCAUCUGGCUCUGCGGUCGGCGGUGAUGUCGCCGGUGUCCGCUACACCGCCGACUCUCCUCGGUACACUGGCGAAGGCAUCCGAUACUACUAG